AUGCAUAAUAAUGACAAGUAUCUUAUGAAAGUUUCUGAUCAAUUGCUUGUAGGUACUACAAUCCGGUUUUCGAAAGAUGGAUGGCUUUUGUUGUCUAUUGGUAAAAGAACUGUAUUCUGCUACAAUCCCUUCACAAAAGCAACGAUUCGUCUUCCAGAUGUGCCUGAUGGUUAUGCACUUGGUGGAAUGUCAUUCUCGUCUGUACCAACUUCUGGCGAUUGUGUGGUAAUUGUCAUCUCCAAUUGGUUCCCUUAUUUCAGUUCUAAUGAUUUUUAUUUCUUGGUCACUGAGCCGGGAAAGAGAGCAACUGAUUGGAAUAUUUACCAAUUCCGUUAUAAAAGCCACUAUAUAAACGACUUUAUGCCGUGUAUUAACAACCCAGUUUUCCAUAAUGGGGUUUUCUACUGCUUAGAUUAUAACGGAAUGUUGGGAGUUUUUGAUGUAAAAAAAGGUGACCGAGGCUGGGAAGUACUUUCGAAAUCCUUGAAACAAUUCAGUAAUUUUUAUCCUAGUUAUUUGGUGGAGUGUGAUGAGAAACUUUUACUAGUGAAUGUAGGACAGAGUGGAAAAUCAGUAGAUAUUUAUAGAUUGGAUGAUUCGGAGAUGGUCUGGGUUAAACUGAACAGUUUGGGAAAGCACGCAUUGUUCAUCAGCUACACGUCCAGUUUCUCAGUAGUCGCUCCACGGAGUUGCAUGGAGAACAAAAUCUACUUCCCGAGAUUACAUGGGGAAAGCAUUUUAUAUUAUUCUCUUGAUACGUGUAGGUAUCAUUGUGUUGGGAGUAAUCAACAUUCUUCGCAAGAUUUUCAUAAUACAAAGGAACGUUUAAGCUGCACUUGGAUUCAACCAAAUUGGUCUCAGGCAUGA